CCGUUUGUCUGUUGUGCCCGUGUGAUCUGAUGGUGACGGAACCACGUACCGCCACACCUAAGCUUAGCAAACAAGAAGAGGAUUUUUAGCAGGAGUGGAGAUGAAGACGCUGUCAACACUUAAAACAAUAUCUUACGGGUAUGGGAGCUGUAACUUAUAAAUACUGGGCCACUGGGAAGUCAGGAUCACCACACAGCAGGUGUUGGAAAGACAGCAGUGACUCUAUAACUGAGAAGGAUGACAUCAAGACAAAGACGCAACUCAGAAAACACAGCAGGCUGUCCCACCUGCCAGGGCACUGGACGUAUACCCAGAGGUCAAGAGAACAAACUGCUGGCUGUCAUCCCCUGUAAUGACCAGAGACUGAGACCCAGGCACACGAAGCUGUAUGUUGCUGUGUCUGUUGGUGUGUGCCUCCUGGUCUGCUCCCUGGUGUUGUUUUUCCUCUUUCCUCGCUCUGUCCUUCUUUCUCCAGUAGCCGUCCAGUCAUCCUUUGUUUACUUUACUCAGGAGGGCGUCCAAAUUAAUGUCACGAAUGUCCUGAACAUCACCAACCACAACUUUGUGGAGGUGCAAGCCUACAAUCUGACCUUGCAGGCCCUGAAUUAUGACACGUUGGUGGGAAGAGUUACCAUUAGCAACGUCACCUCUGUCAAACCUCUGUCUGUCAAAAUGUACUCAUUUGUGAUGUCCAUCCUGGUGACUGACCGUGGUAUUAGUCACUACUGUAAGGAAGUUUUCUCGCCUGUUCAUCUUCUGUAUCUGCACUUGCAGAUGUCUGUGACAAUACACUACCUGGUCCACUAUGAGCAGUUGUCCUUGGAGACUUUUGAGUUCAUCGACUGUGGAGCAAACAGGACCAUAUCACACAGUGUACAACCUCCGCCACCUUGAUCAUCAAACAUACAGAGGAACAGAUGAAUACUGUGGACAUACUUCCAGGAGGAAUAUGCUGACCUGCAAUGUAUUUUUAAUUUUAUUUUGUCCUUGAUCUGUGCUGCUAAAAUGCUGGGUAAGAGAUAUUAUGAUAGCAGCAACGCCCUGGAUGGAUGCAUGAAGAGGCCUGGACAGCGAGGAUGAAUCUGACUGAGUCAAUGAAAUACUUUUCUCCCCAUCUUAACAAAUAUAUCAAGUAAGGAUGCCUUCAUAUGCACCACAUCACAGUUAUAUCCUUCUGCAGGUAAAAAUGUAAGUUGAAGAAACCUUAAAAAAACCCAACUUGACAUUGAGCGGAUGUUAAGAGACCAACCCAACAGUGAGGCAGAACUGAGGAUGUGAAUAUACUCUGAUGUCACUUCAGACCUGUUGUAGAAGUUAUGUUAUGUGAAAAUGUUGUGACUGUGUUGCUGUAGGAUAUCAUCACUGUCUGAAAAUCACUACUUAACAAGUGCAUUUCAUUAUACCGCUACAUUUUGCAUUUUAUUUUUCAUGAGCUGAAAAACUAAGGUACAAUGUGUUGUAAUAUGAGUGUUAAAACUGCACCAAAGCCAUGUACUCUCAGGAUGUCGACAACUACAUGAUUGUCCCCAUUCUCCAAUAAAAUACUAAAACAGCUCAAAUGACUAAGUGACCCCUCA